GAUGACCAGAGACUGCGGACACAGUACAGGAGAUGACCAGAGACUGCGGACAUAGUACAGGCGAUGACCAGAGACUGCGGACAUAGUACAGGCGAUGACCAGAGACUGCGGACAUAGUACAGGAGAUGACCAGAGAUUGCGGACACAGUACAGGAGAUGACCAGAGACUGUGGACACAGUACAGGGGAUGACCAGAGACAGCAGACAUAGUACAGGCGAUGACCAGAGACUGCGGACAGUACAGGAGAUGACCAGAGACUGCGGACACAGUACAGGAGAUGACCAGAGACUGCAGACAGUACAGGGGAUGACCAGAGACUGCAGACAG